AACCGAACGUCCGCUCGGAACCGGGAGCGGGCCGCGCGGCGCGGGCCAAUCAGCGGCGGCGGCUCGCGGCCCCCGAACGUUGGCCCCCGCCCCGCCCCGCGCUGUUGUCUGUGCGCCGGCGGCCGCGGGAGCCGCACCGCGACUCUCGCCCGGCGGGCAGCGCGGCGGCGGCGGCCCGAGGCGGCGGGCGGAGCGCGAGCCCGGGCGCCGGCCUCCCGCGGCCGCCGAGCCCCGGCGCAGCCAUGUCGGUGAACAUGGAGGAGCUGCGGCACCAGGUCAUGAUCAACCAGUUCGUGCUGGCGGCGGGCUGUGCGGCCGACCAGGCGAAGCAGCUCCUGCAGGCGGCCCACUGGCAGUUCGAGACCGCCCUGAGCACGUUUUUCCAAGAAACCAACAUUCCCAACGGCCACCACCACCCCCAGAUGAUGUGCACCCCCAGCAACACGCCAGCCACACCGCCCAACUUCCCCGACGCCCUGGCCAUGUUCUCCAAGCUGCGCGCGUCCGAGGGCCUGCAGAGCGGCAGCCCCAUGACGGCCGCGGCCUGCUCGCCUCCCGCAAGCUUCAGCCCCUUCUGGGCCUCGUCCCCGCCCAGCCACCAGGCCGCCUGGAUGCCGCCCUCCUCCCCGACAGCCCACAGCUUCCACCACCUCCACCACCCACAGCCCACGUGGCCCCCCGGAGCCCCGCAGGGGGGCGCCCCGCAGAAAGCCAUGGCCGCCGUGGACGGCCAGAGAUGAGACUGGCCACGCCGCGGGGCUGAGCUGGCAGUCCGGGUCGUGGGGACACAGGCGGGCGGGCGGGGGCUGGGCGGGCGGGGUUUCCUGAAGAUCGCACUGGAAGAUUUUAUAAAGGAAUUUGGGGGGCGGGGGGACAGUAAACUUCCUGAGCCACUUGGGUUCUUCAGGAGUUUCUCUUCAGGCAAGUUUUUCUGUUUUUAAUAUAUAACUGUAAUAUAUAAAUAUAUGAAUAUAACUAA